CACAACUCCUCACCAACAUCGAACCAGCUAUUUACAUUGAUAUCAGUUUGACAGCUGCGCCUAUUGUUAUCCAACUCAUUAUUACUCGUGUCCAUAUUGACAUCUCGCAGCUAGCAAUACAGCGAUAUAUAACAUCUUUCAAUGCGUGUCUAACCAACAACAUAUCUGCGCGCAUUCUCCACUGCGAAGACUGUUGCAAUGGACCCUUCAACCCCUACACGCGGCCACCCUGCGGCCUCUAGCUACGGCGAUGAGCCACCCGCUUACUACGGCGAGUCACUGUACGAAGCGAGUAUUUCACCCACAGCACAGCAUGAUAACACGGCGUCAAUGAGGCUGUUGCCGACUACGCAUGAAGAUGUCGAUGGUAGCGAUUUGGGGACCAAUGCCGCCCGCUUCCGUAUGGGUCAGGCUUCGGUAACGAGGAAAUCUGCAAACCCGUCCCCGACGCGAUAUGCUGCCUUUCGUCAGCGUCAAAACUCAACCGCACAAAUGCCCCUUCCAGGUUCAAGGCCUGGUUCUAGUAUGGGUAAUGCGCCGUCAAUUCCUCCCCUGACAAUGUCGAUGGAAUCGCCGCAAUAUACUUCUCGACCAGGGUCGCCAACAAGGCCAUGGACGCCAUCUCGAAGCUCAAUCAAACAUGGAGCGUCUUCAUCUAUAUCGGGGAUGGCCUAUGAGCCGGCAGACCUUAAUGGCAGCCCGCGACCCGGCACACCAAGUUCACAAUACGGAGGCAGUCCACGACGACCGUUACCGCCUGCUCCUCUUUUCGCUGGAUCUGCGGUUGGAUCUGCUGACGCGAGUAUUGAUAUUGGCGACACGCGGUCUUCAGAAGACCCCUUUGGCGGAGAUGGGCGAAUAAUCGGCUCGCGCCCAUCGUACGACUCGUUUCGUAGCGAAUCUACCAUGGUCACUGAUGAAAAAGACGGCAUGGAGAAGAUUGAUCUGGAUGAUCGUGUCGGAGAUACCGACAUGCUUGUCGAUCCGCAUAUACAUUACGGCCCUGCACCCGAAGGCAAACAGAGCCGUCGAGGCGUGCGGCCGGCGCAGAUGUCAAAGAAGGAAGUGCAUCUGAUCAACGGUGAGCUUGUGCUAGAGUGUAAAAUUCCGACGAUUCUUCAUAGCUUUCUGCCGCGUCGUGAUGAGCGAGAGUUCACGCAUAUGCGGUAUACAGCCGUCACUUGUGAUCCUGAUGAGUUUAAAGAGCGUGGCUAUAAACUGCGUCAGAAUAUUGGCAGCACAAUGCGAGAAACAGAGCUUUUGAUUUGUGUGACUAUGUACAACGAAAACGAGGAAUUGUUUACUCGGACUAUGCACGGUAUUAUGCGUAACAUUAGCCAUUUCUGUUCACGCACAAAGUCGCGGACAUGGGGCAAGGACGGAUGGCAGAAAAUUGUCGUGUGUAUUAUCUCCGAUGGCCGUGAGAAAGUCCACAAACGAACUCUUGACGCCUUGGCUGCUAUGGGAGUGUAUCAAGCCGGUAUUGCCAAAAACAUCGUCAACCAGAAGGAAGUCACAGCGCAUGUCUACGAAUACACGACUCAAGUCUCGCUCGACUCGGACAUGAAAUUCAAAGGCGCCGAAAAGGGCAUUGUGCCGUGUCAGGUCAUCUUCUGCUUGAAAGAACAGAACCAGAAGAAACUCAAUUCCCACCGCUGGCUAUUCAAUGCCUUUGGUCGUGUUCUCGACCCAAAUGUUUGCAUUCUUCUAGACGUCGGAACCCAGCCUGCUCCUACCGCUCUUUACCACCUCUGGAAAGCAUUCGAUCAAGACUCGAACGUUGCCGGUGCCGCUGGUGAGAUUAUCGCAGGAAAGGGGAAAAAUUACAUGGGAUUGUUGAAUCCACUAGUCGCAUCUCAAAACUUCGAGUACAAGAUGUCCAACAUUUUAGACAAGCCGCUGGAAUCAGUAUUUGGAUAUAUCUCUGUGCUUCCCGGUGCCUUGAGUGCAUACCGAUACUAUGCUUUACAAAACAGCCCUGAUGGACACGGACCGCUGAGUCAGUACUUCAAGGGCGAAACCUUACAAGGCAAAGACGCGGAUAUUUUCACCGCGAAUAUGUACUUGGCCGAAGAUCGUAUUCUGUGCUGGGAGUUAGUGGCCAAGAAAGGAGAAAGAUGGGUGUUGAAAUUUGUCAAGAGCGCUGUUGGUGAGACAGACGUACCAGAUUCGGUUCCGGAGUUCAUUUCGCAGCGUCGAAGAUGGCUGAAUGGUGCCAUGUUUGCGUGCGUCUAUUCCUUGGUGAAUUUCAGGCAGAUAUGGGAGACGGAUCACACGUUGACGCGGAAGAUACUGCUACACAUCGAAUUUGUGUAUCAGUUUUUUCAGCUGUUGUUUACAUACUUUGGCCUGGCAAAUUUCUAUUUAGCCUUCUACUUUAUCGCAGGGUCACUCACAAACGAAGAUCUUGAUCCCUUUGGGCAUAACAUGGGCAAAUAUAUCUUCUACGUCCUGCGUUAUGCAUGCGUUCUGCUUAUUGCGCUGCAAUUUAUUCUUUCAAUGGGAAAUAGACCGCAAGGUGCGAGAAAGAUGUUCAUAUUUGGAAUCGUCGUCUACGGCAUUAUCAUGGCGUAUACAUCAUUUGCAACAGCAUACCUCGUUGUCACCAAACUCAAAGGCAGUGGCUUGAACCUCGCCGCAAACGACUUCUCAAACAUCAUCGUCUCGCUCAUGUCCACCGUGGGUCUAUACAUCUUCAUGUCCCUAGUCUACCUCGACCCUUGGCACCUGAUCACCUCCUCCGGCCAAUACUUCAUGAUGCUCCCCAGCUACAUCUGCACACUCCAAAUCUACGCCUUGUGCAACACACACGACGUAACCUGGGGCACAAAGGGCGACAACGUGCACCACAUGGACCUCGGCGCUGCGCAAGGUCUCGGAGGGUCUAAGGUCGUCAUGGAGAUGCCUACCGAACAACUCGAUAUCGACAGCGGCUACGACGAAGCCCUCCGCAACCUCCGCGACCGCGUCGAGGAACCAGUCCCCGGCCCCUCCGACAGCCAAAUGCAGGAAGACUACUAUCGUGCCGUCCGAACAUACAUGGUCUCGAUCUGGAUGGUCGCCAAUGUGAUCCUGGCCAUGGCGGUGUCCGAAGCAUACGGGACUGCCUCUGGCGCUAACAACAUCUACCUUUCCAUCAUCCUCUGGUCUGUCGCCGGCCUCGCCCUCUUCCGUGCUCUCGGCUCAACGACGUUCGCGAUCCUGAACCUCGUUCACAAAAUCGCCGAGGGACGGAUGAAGUUCCAGGCGGGCUCGUUAAGCUCAAAGGGGAGUUCGAGGGGUGGAAGCAGCAUAGUUGGAUCGAGUCAUUAUGGUGGGAAUGCGAGUGUGGGCGAUUGGUUUGCGGAGAGGGGCUGGGAUGUGAAACGAAAGGCUGCCAAGCUUAUGUUUUGGAGGAAGUAGUCAUUUCUCUUGUCAAUUUUUAUAUUAUUGUAGUGGUUUUAACCAUUUUGUUUGGCGUUUGGUUGGAACUGUAUGAAUCUGGUUUGAUACGAAUAUAAUGGUACGACUUUACAUUUACG